CGCCAAGCACACUGGCAAACUUUCCUCUCUCAAUUCAAACUAUGUAUCCAACAUGUACCAGGCAAAGACAUAAUUGUCCCAGACCUAUUAUCUCAUAGAACAGAUCACCUUCCAGUUGAUACUGACGAAAAGGACAAUGUCGCAAUCCAACUUCUUCCCGACUCAUUAUUUGUUAAAACCAUUAACACUUCCCUUAUGGACAGAUUACAGAUUUUCUCUUCCAUUGAUCCAGUAGUACAUACUGCACUCAAGGCGCUCACAGACCCCGAAACUCUGCCUCCACUCUGCUCGGCUCUUUCCGAUUGGAAAUUGAGCGACAGAAUUUUCUUAUAUAAAGGAUUAAGUUAUUGUUUAGUUUCAUGA